CUUCCUCUCAAGUAGGCAAGGAUUUCUACUAGAUCUCAAGAGCAUUCUUCCACCACCAUCUGCCAAUUUCCUUGUUAUCGUUGGCAACAACUUGGCUUCAAAUCAGAGUGCUCAGAAGAGCAGCUACCCUUCGGAACCAUCACUGCAUCAUGACCCAAGACAAAGAACCUGUUAUUAGAACCUUUCAUUUAGUUUGUACCGUGACCUUAAUAGUUGGAGCCAUAACCCAUCUCUGUGAACAAAGUGAAUUUGAAGUGUGCAUGUCAAAAAGUAACCUUACUCACAUUCCAAAAAACCUGCUGCCAACAACCAAAAGCUUAGAUAUGUCUCAAAACCACAUAUCUGAGCUUCAGAUCUCUGACAUCGGCUUCUUAUCAGGGCUGAAAGUUCUGAAACUUUCCCAUAAUAGAAUCCAGACCCUGGAUUUGAGUGUUUUCAAGUUCAAUCGGAACUUGGAGCAUUUGGACCUAUCUCAUAAUCGGCUCCAUAGGAUGACCUGCUACCUUGUGACAAGUCUGAAGCAUCUGGACCUCUCAUUCAAUGACUUCAAUGUGCUGCCUGCCUGUGCGCAAUUUGGCAACCUGACACAGCUCAGCUUCCUGGGAUUAAGUGCUGUGAGGUUUCAAAAGUUAGAUCUGCUACCAGUCACUUACCUAAAUCUAAAUCACCUCCUUCUGGUUUUGGGAGGCAAUUAUGUGGAGGAAAAUGUCAGAGAGAAUCUUCCAAUUCUGAAUACAAAAACACUUCACUUUGUUUUUCACCCAAAAAGUUUAUUCUCUGUCCAGAUGAACAUAGCAGUUAAAAAUUUAGAGUGCUUGCAACUGACUAAUAUUAAGUUGAAUGAUGAGAACUGUCAGGUUUUUGUUACAUUUUUAUUAGGGCUCACUGGAGGUCCAAUGUUGCUGAAUCUCACUCUCAAUCACAUGGAAACCCCUUGGACCUGCUUGGUUAGCAUUUUUCGAUUCCUUUGGCCGAGACCUGUGGAACAUCUCAACAUUUACAACUUAACAAUAGAUGAAAAAGUUGAGGAGAUAAAAUUUGUUUAUCCUGAAACAACUUUAAAAUCUGUGACAAUAGAACAUAUUACAAAGAGAGUUUUUCUUUUUUCUCAGACAGUGUUAUACAGGGUCUUCUCUGAGAUGAAUAUUAUGAUGUUAACCAUAUCAGACACACCCCUGGUUCACAUGCUGUGUCCCGACAAAGCCAGCACAUUUAGGUUUUUGAACUUUAGUCAGAAUGUGUUCACAGAUAGUGUUUUUGGCACAUGUUCCACUUUGGCGAGGCUGGAGACGCUUAUCCUGCAAAAGAAUAGUUUAAAAAACCUUUUCAGAGUAAGCCUUAUGACUAAAAAGAUGGCAUCUUUAGAAAUCCUGGAUCUUAGUAGGAAUUCUCUGGGAUCUUAUACAUAUGAAGACAAUUGCACUUGGGUUAAGAGUAUAGUGCUGUUAAAUUUGUCCUCAAAUACACUUACUGACUCUGUAUUCAGAUGUUUGCCUCCCAAAGUCCAGGUGCUUGACCUUCACAACAACAGAAUAACCAACAUCCCAAAGGAUGUCGCCUAUCUGGAAUCUUUGCAAGAGCUCAAUGUUGCCUUCAAUUCUUUAACUGACCUUCCUGGGUGUGGUACCUUCAGCAGCCUUGCUGCCCUCAUCAUGGACCAUAAUUCCGUCUCCCACCCAUCAGCUGAUUUCUUCCAAAGCUGCCAGAAGAUUACUUCGCUGAAAGCAGGGAACAACCCAUUCCAGUGCACGUGUGAGUUAAGAGAAUUCGUCAAAAGUAUGGGCCAAGUGUCAAGUGCAGUGGUACAGGACUGGCCAAAUUCUUACAAGUGUCACUCUCCAGACAGCUAUAAGGGAACCUUGCUAAAGGCCUUCCAUGUGUCUCCAUUGUCCUGCAACACGACUCUGCUCAUCCUGACCAUUGUGGUCACCACGCUGGUUCUGGCUGCUAUUGUGACCUUCCUGUGCUGCUACUUCGAUAUGCCCUGGUACCUCAGGAUGAUGUGUCAGUGGACCCAGACCCGGCACAGGGCCAGGAAUGUCCCCUUAGAGGAACUCCAAAGAAAUCUUCAGUUUCAUGCUUUUAUCUCCUAUAGUGGACUUGAUUCUGUCUGGGUGAAGAAUGAACUACUACCAAACCUUGAAAAAGAAAAUUUGCGGAUCUGCCUCCAUGAGAGGAACUUUGUUCCUGGCAAGAGCAUUGUGGAAAACAUCAUAACCUUCAUUGAGAAGAGCUACAAGGCCAUCUUUGUUUUGUCUCCCAACUUCAUCCAGAGUGAGUGGUGCCACUACGAACUCUACUUUGCCCACCACAAGCUUUUCCGGGAAGGGUCUAACAACUUAAUCCUGAUCUUGCUGAAGCCCAUCCCAGAGGACAACAUUCCCAGGAAGUACCACAAGCUAAGGGCGCUCAUGGCACAGCGGACUUACCUGGAAUGGCCCACAGAGAAGAGCAAGCAUGGACUGUUUUGGGCUAACAUUAGAGCUGCUUUCAAUAUUAAAUUAAUCCUAGCCAGUGACUGUGAUGAUGUGAAACCUUAAAAAAAUCAGGAAAUCCAGUCUAGUGUCUGAUGCAUGCGAAGGUUUUAAGUUUCCUUUGGAGAUUUUUCAUAUAUAUAUAUAUAUUUCUUCAUAUAUUUGGGGAACAGUUCAUGAAAACCUUAUUCCAGCUGAGCUGAGGAACAGGACUGGGAGUGAAGGUGGUGCUUAUUUUGCAAAUUAGCUACAUCUCAGUUCUGGUUUAACUGUUUGUUUUCACAUGGAAACAGACCUUUCUGAGUCACUGCUCAAUCAUGCAGGACAGAUUUCCUCUCCUCCCCACUCCAAAUGGGUUCUGUGUGAUCAAGGGUCUGUGUAGCUUCAGGUCAGUAAGUAAAGAAUCCAGGCCAGAGUUGUGUUAGUGGGUUCUAGGCUUGAGCCAUAGAUCUUAUCCGCCUUUGAAUGAGCUUUAUCAUUCUGCUCAGCUUUGGGGCUUGAAAGCCAAUUGUUCCAGUGUUGGAAUGUAAGAAAGCAUGUUUUUUCCAUGUCUGAGUAAUAGUUCUAAUUCCUUGAUCCUGAUACAUAGAUACCAGUGGAGACUCACAGCAUAAAAAUGUAUGCAUACAAAGGGAAACAAAAGACACAGAAGUACUUGCUUGCCAAGGAAAUGUGGGGCCAAAUCUACUCAUGUGUGUAACUGGAUGUUGAGUAGGGUUUUCCUGGUGGUCUUCAAAUUCUGCCUCUUGGCCAGAGUUGGCCUGGACACUUGCUCUUUGCUUAAACCAUUGCAUUUUGGAUUCUUUUGACAGAGGAAUCAUCUCAGUCUGUACCUUUGGCUUUGGGGCUUGAAGCAGUGGACAGCGCUCCUCCUAGGAAAGCACCCUGGGUAUUCCACCCUGCAACCUGGAGCAAAGCAUAUGCCAUCCCAAGGCACUACUGGCUCUUACCUAUACAAUUGCAAAACAGCCUCCUCCCUGGCCUCCUUCCUCACACAUUUUCCGAAUGACAAUCACACUGAUUUAAGGUGCAAAUUACAUUAAUCUGUUUCCUGCUUAAAACCUAAUGACCUACCUCCCCCAGCAAUAGGGUAAAAGUCAAACCCUUCCUGGUGG